CGACAUUUUAUAGGUGGCGCUUUUACCUGUUUGUUGAGAGAAGAGAAAUCAACUUUGACGUUGUACGUUCGAGUGCUAUUUAAUGGUGAAGUAACGAGAAAAACCUGUCGAUGGAAGAAAUUAGAAGAAAUUGUGACUAAAAAGCAUGGCAGCUAAAUUAACUUUAUCUAAAAUCAAAGGUAGUAAACCUAGUUCAUCUGUUCCAUUGAUGUCGUUUCGUUUUCUACCAAAUGAAGAUGACUUAGAAGAAGUGACUCCUGAGGAACAAGAAAAUGAGAAAGAAAUAGUAAUACCUUUUAAAUCAUCGAACACAUAUCCUAUUUCACUUAAUGAAAAGUACAGUGCAAAUAAUGAAAUAUCAAAUAUUCCACAUUCCUUAUCAACAGAAAGUAAUGAUAUUUUUAAAGAAAAGUUUUCCACUUCGUUUGGUUCAGAAAAUGAAUUAACUGAUAGAUUUGGUGAUGGAAAUCUGGAAAAGACUGAUGUAAAAUAUAGUUCAAGUUUUCCAUCAGAACCAAUAAAAUUACAUUCUGAAUCAAUGCACAAUGUUGUAAUGAAAGAAACAAGGGAUUCCUCUCCAAUGAAGGAAUCGGUGAAAGAUUAUUUAGCAAAAUUUGGUAAAAAAUCUUCCAGUUUAGAAAAUUCUCCUGCAACUGAAACUGAUAGCUGGUCUCUAUUUAAUGAAUUAAAAGGAAGAAUAACAAAAACAUUUGAAGAAAAAAUAACUAGAGAAUCAAAUUAUUCUUCAAAAUCUUUAGAUAAAUUAUCUAAUCAAAAAAGCACAGAACUUGUUUCACCCAGUGAAAUGAUAAUUAGUGAAAAGGAUAUGAGCUUAGAUUUCAGUGAAAAAUCUACCUUGUCUCUUGGAAACAUCGGAAGUGAAGAUAAAACAAUGUCGUCAGACUAUGUGGAUGCUGACAGAAAAUCCGUGUCAUCAGAAGAUCAGUUACCAUUAUCAAUUGAUACUGAUAGCAAAUCUUUCUCUAAUUUUAAUGAAAAUACAGAUGAUAGUACAGACAUGUCCAAGUGUGUUAUCCUAACCUCAAAUGCUAACCAAAAGAAAUCUGUGUCAACUAUAGCAGCGAGUGCACAGGCUCUUUUGUCACCCAAACGUACACGACCAAGCAUGUCUGUUACAUUGUCUUCAUUAAUGGCAGCUAAAGUUCUGGACUCGGAUAGUAUUGAGGAAAAUAAAAGUGAUUUAGAUACACCCGAGACAACAGAUGUUAAAGAGUCUAAAACACCUGAAGAAUUAAAUGUUUCUCAAGUAUCUAAUGAGACUGAUUCUCCUAUUGAUUCUCCUAUAGAAAAUCCCACUAAAGAUAACUUUUUACUAAAAGCCUGUAAUAAAUAUCCAUUGUCAAAACAACUUUAUGUUACUUGCACAAAUCUCUUUGCUUCAUGGCAAAAUCAAAUAUUUGGUCUCUUAUUUAUUUUUAUAGUGUGUCUGCGUGCACCAAUUCCCCCAUUUUUAUCGGGAUUUAUUAUAGGCAUAAUUAUAUCUAUUAUUAUUGGAAGUAUUCUCUGGUGGCUAUUUCAUCCAAUUAAUUCUAAUGAAUCAUUAGCCAUUCCUGAUUAUGCCAACUUGCCAAAGCUUACAAUUCCAUCCUCUCCAGAUAAAGAUACAGAUAUUUAUAAGGGUUGGAUGAAUGAACUUCCUUUGGAAUAUAAUCCAGAUACAUAUCAUGUAAAUUGCACACAUUCAGUAUAUGUACGUCUGGAUGGCACAUCACUUCGUCUCUCUCAUCCAAAGAAUAAUAUUCCAAAGAGAGCCAUGUGGAAUGAAGUCAGACACGAUCCAGUUUUCAUUCAUCAGAGACAUUUUAACAUUGCUGGUGCCACAGUUUCUUUGUUACCAGAAGGACUUGCUAGAAAAAGAUUAUGGAGUAAGAAGUAUCCAAUUUGUCUUGAAAUUCCAAAUUCGCCAAGCCAAGUAAUUCAUUCUGACGGCAGUGGUUCAAAGGAAACUUCUCCAAGAGAUUCCAUGAGUUCUUUUUCAUCUUUAGAAAGUUUUGAUGAUACCCCUGACGAGUUGCUUAAAAAAGCAACUAGUACUUCUGGUUCAAAUAUCAUAUAUUUAUUUGCACGCACAAGUAGAGAGAAGGAAGAAUGGUAUUGGUUAUUAUAUGCUGCAACUAAACAAAAAACAAACUGGUUAAAGUCAUCAUUAUCUGGUCUUCGAAGUGGUAGUAUUCCUCCUCCAUUAACAAAAGAAAAAAGAACUUACUCUGCUGAUUUGGGCACAUCUGCAAAUAUUUCCAGUACUACUGGCUUUACAGAUAAGGAAAUUACAAAGGAUGACAGUUUAGAAUUUAAUCAAUAUAUGACACAGUUUUUAGACAGAGAAAAAUGGUUUUCAACUUUUACUUCUUUUGCUCCAAUAGCAUAUUCAAGAGAAAGAAGACUUACUUCUCCUGAUGCAAAAAACAAUGUUGUAAAGAGUGAUAUUAAAGAAAGUAUGUUAUGGUUAAAUGCUCUAAUUGGAAGGAUAUUUUAUAAUUUUCUGACAGAAAAAGAUUGGUCAGAUGUAGUGGUUGAUCGAAUACAGAAAAAAUUGGACAAAAUUAGGGUUCCUUAUUUUAUACAAGAAUUAAAAUUAACUGACAUUAAUUUAGGUAAAGCAAUUCCUCAGAUUCAAAGAGCAUCUGAUCCAGUCAUGGAUGAUAAAGGCGUCUGGGUAGAUUUAGAUAUAACUUAUAAUGGAUCAUUUGAAAUGACUUUAGAAACAAAAUUAAAUCUACUUCGAUUGAAAAAAAAUCAAAGUGUUGAGAUGGGUGAAGUUGGUUUAAUGUCUGAUAGAUGUCUAAGUGAGAAAUCAAGAUCUUAUAUGCUGAAUAGUGAAGAAGAAGAUAGUGCAGAAUCUUCUAGUGAUGAUGAACUCUAUUCGAAUGAAAUGAGUGAACAUGGAAGUUUAAUUUCAGCAACUGUGUCCCAACAUAUUACUACCUCAGGAAGUAGUACGAGUAAGAAAUUAUUACGUUGGGUUGAUAAGCUUGCACAAUCAAAAUGUUUUCAACAGGCUACAGAAAAUAAAUUUGUAAAAAGAGCUAUGGAAGAAGUAUCUAAUACACCAUUAUUUCUGACUGUGGAAAUCCAUGGUCUGAUAGGUACUUUAGCAAUUAACAUUCCUCCUCUGCCAACUGAUAGAUUAUGGUAUGGCUUUCGAAAAAAUCCACAAUUAAGUAUAUCUGCUCGUCCAAAAUUUGGAGAACGAAAAGUUACACUUUCUCCUGUAACUGAUUGGAUUAAAAAGAAACUAGUUUUAGAAUUUCAGAAAAUUCUUGUGAUGCCUAACAUGGAUGAUUUAAUUAUACCUAUUAUGAAUGCCAAUUUACCAUCUUCAAAAUCCUGAAUUCCUUCGAAAAUAAUGAAAAUUGCCUGCCAGUUUUUGUGUGAACUUUUUUAUAUAAAUAUUUUUUUGUCUAAAAAAAAAA